GCUGGAUUUUUCUUUGAGCAUUUGCAUCAAGUGUCAAUUGUCGACAAGCAGCCUCUUGAUCCAGGACACGCAAUGCUCCGCAAACAAUUGCCUAGGGUCUGUGAUGAACAAUCGUAUCGUUCCGGUCGCCCAAAGACCGCCUCAGGACGUCUUAAAACAGGCUAAGGACUUCCUGGAUCAGUACUACGCAUCAAUUCGGAGAUCAGGUUCUCAAGCGCAGCAAGCGCGAUGGGAACAGGUGCGCCUGCAGGUGGAAGCGACCGGAGGGUACGAACUGACGGAGACGGAAUUGACUUUUGGCGCCAAACUUGCAUGGAGAAAUGCAGUCAGGUGCAUCGGUCGAAUUCAGUGGAGCAAGUUACAGGUAUUCGACUGCCGGUAUGUCACGACUACAAGUGGAAUGUUUGAAGCUUUGUGCAACCAUAUCAAAUAUAGCACUAAUAAAGGAAAUAUCAGAUCAGCGAUUACAAUAUUUCCGCAGCGCAACGGGGCGCAGCGAGACUUCCGCAUAUGGAACGCGCAACUAAUCAGCUAUGCAGCUUAUCGAGGCCCUGGGGACACCAUCUUAGGCGAUCCUAUGAAUUUGGAGUUUACGGAGCUGUGCACCAGAUUGGGAUGGCGAGGACAUGGUACUCGAUGGGAUAUUUUGCCCUUAGUUCUGAGUGCUGGUGGACAUGACCCUGAUUAUUUUGAUAUACCUGAGGAAUUGAUAUUACAAGUUCCGUUAACGCAUCCCAGUUACCCCUGGUUUCCAGAAUUGGAUCUGCGCUGGUACGCCCUGCCCGCCGUCUCUAAUAUGUUGUUCGAAUGCGGCGGUUUGCAGUUCACGGCGACCGCUUUCAACGGAUGGUACAUGAGCACGGAGAUUGCGUGCCGGAACAUGUGCGAUCAGGGAAGAUUUAACAUGCUAGAGCCUUUAGCCUUACGUAUGGGCUUAGAUACAAGUACGCCGACCACAUUGUGGAAGGACCGAGCUUUGGUCGAAAUGAAUGCUGCAGUUUUGCACAGUUUUCAACAAAGUGGUGUAACAAUUGUAGACCAUCAUACUGCAUCAGAUAGUUUUAUGAAACAUUGUGAAAAUGAACAACGUUUAAGAUCGGGUUGUCCAGCAGAUUGGGUAUGGAUUGUUCCACCGAUGUCUGGAUCUGUGACACCAGUAUUUCAUCAGGAAAUGGCUUUGUAUUUCUUGAGCCCUUCUUAUGAAUAUCAAGAAGCAGCCUGGAAAACUCACGUCUGGAAAAAAGGACGCGAAGGACGAGGCACGAGACCCAGUAGAAAAUUUCAUUUCAAACAAAUUGCGAGGGCCGUUAAAUUUACGUCGAAAUUGUUUGGGCAUGCUUUAUCGCGGCGAAUCAAGGCGACCGUAUUAUUCGCCACGGAAACCGGAAAAUCGGAAAACUACGCAAGAAAACUUGCUGACAUCUUUGGGCAUGCGUUCAAUGCACAGGUAGUUCGUAUGGAUGAGUAUGAUAUAACAUCGAUUGAACACGAAGGAUUAUUACUAGUUGUAAGUUCAACAUUUGGCAAUGGAGAUCCACCAGAAAAUGGAGAGAAAUAA